CCUAAACACACUUUGCUCCCAGAUAAGAUUUUGAACUCUCUGGCGAAGAUAAUAUAUCCUUUUCUUUUUGUUUCUUUCUGACAUUAAGCAACAACACCCAGAAUUAGCUAGCUAAACAAAGCACCCUGCAGCUCCCUGAUAAGAAUUUGAACUCUCUCACCAGGAAAAUGAAGCAAAAGGUAGUGAUCAGGGUCACCUUAAAUAAUGGCAAAAAAAAUGCUCGGUCCAAGGCCAUGCAGAUUGCAGUUGGUCUACAAGGCGUGGAAUCUGUGUCUCUACAAGGUGAGGACAGCAGUCAGAUUGUUGUUGUUGGGGAUGACAUUGAUUCACUCAACUUGACAUCUUUGCUGAGGAAGAAAGUUGGAUUUGCUGAGUUAACGAGUGUCUCACCGGUCAGUACUGAGGGGGAAAAACCAAAGCAAGAGACCAAACCCAGUGAAUCUGGAAUACAAUCAUUGGUUUGGCCAACCUAUCAAGCUGGUGUACCAUAUUAUUAUCAACCUAGUGCGCCAUAUUAUGCAUAUGAAGUCGCGGGUUACAACCAGAACUCUUGCAUUAUUAUGUGACCUACAUGUAGGAAUUAUUUGAUGGCUACAACUUGGGUAAAAUUUCUUAGGUGCUGUAACUUGAUUCUACGUAUAUAUGAUUCUUGAGAUUGAAUUUGAUUUAAGAAUCAAAAGUAAGAGCACUUAAAGUAUAGAAAUCUAGGAAGUGUGGAUUGAUUAUAUAUGGUUCUCAUUAAGUGGGAAAGAGAAAAUUUUGUUUUAAAGCAUGAUAUGAAGUGAUAAUAAAAUUAUAGAGAGAGUGUUGUAUAAGAGAUUAUU